CGCGGAAACACUAAUGAAUAAUUAACGAAUCGCCCUCGUGUCGCGGCGAGCUCGUUAAACGUUAAAAAAAAAUGUCGACCAAGGGAUUGCGGCUGAAUGGAAGAAUCUGUCGAACCUUUUUCGUAAAUUCGCUAAUUGCUGCAAUCUUCGUUAAAAUCUCUGAAUUAGACGAGCGUAUAUCAUUAAUCUAGCUAUAUACGUGUAUACAGACGCUUUUUUAAUUUGCUCAAAAUUGUGAUUGUGUGUAUUUUUCCAACGCAAAUUUAAUCGACGAUUUAUUUAUCGCGUAUUACAAUCAUGUGACUUUGAUCAAAUAUACUAUUUCGGAAACGAGUAUCGAUUUGGACGUCGGCUAACAUUGUUAGACCAUGCGCAAAGCCGUACCGUGGACUAGCAAACGAGGAAUGCUCGAAAAAUAUACGUAGUACCGAGAGUCGAAAAUAGAAGUCGAUCAAUACCAUGUGCGAAAUGUUGUAGCAUCGAUGUAGCCCGCGCUGUAACGCGUAGCGUAUCUAUUUUAUCGAAUUCUAUCCGCGACUCGCGGUAGUUCACUCCCAGAGCUGGUAAACGAGACCCAUUCUGUAGUUUUAUUUACGGAAAGAAUCUCUUCGUCUCUCUUGCUCUCUCUCUUUCUAUCUCUCUUUAUUCGAAAAUAUAUUUUAUUCAUGCACAUACAUUCGCGAAUGUAGAACGAACAUAUGGUACAGGUAGCGCGCGUUACACAUACUUGGAUCAAACGUCCGCAUCGGAUACACUCGUUUGCUGCAUUAACUCGCGAAACGGUGCGCAUCCAGCGGCGCGUACCUCCGUUAUAUUCGUCGACGGUACUAGCCUCGGAUAAACAAAGCGUUCGUUAGGCAUUCAUCAACAUAUUUCCUCCUCGCGUCUUCCGGCCAGCGAAUCCCGCUAUAAAACUCGAUCGAGCGAGUUCGGGAAGCCAUCCUCGCGCGCCGGGAUUACCGCAACAUCCGCCGCGCGGUCUCUUGUCAGAUGGGCGUGCUGUAAGCGGAGAGGAAUAAAUCGAUCGAAAAUAAAUUAAACGAAAAUCUCGACGAAGAGUGGAAGAGGAGGAAGAAGAAGAGGGGCUCCUCAUCGACCGCGGGCGCGAUCGGCGAUCCGUGACGGUCCCGAUCGCCAUCGAUCGAGAUUACAUCGCGCGGAACGGCGGAGGAUGCCGCCUUCCUGAGGUGCCGGGUCGCCAGCAGCUCCCAGCUCUCGGAAUUCAACGUGGCGGGCUUCGCGGUAGCCGUAAACAAUGGCUCGGCGGAGCCGCGCUACUACGUGGAUCACCUGCACCGGCAGCACGCGCAGCUGCAACAGCUCCAGCAGCAUCAACAAUCGCCGCGCUACCCGGUGCAGAUGUUUUCCGGCCACGUGUCAGCCUUGGCCGCCAAGGAGGCCGUGCUGGAGCCGCCGCCGCGUCGCGGCGACCUCGUCUACGUUCACUGCGCGACCGCGGAGGACGAGGAGGCGGUCGAGGACGAGGAGGAAGAGCCCCGGGGACUCAUCAGGUCUAGGUCGUGGCUCUGUUGCCCCGGUGAUCGCCGAGCCGAUAAGACUGUGCCUAUACAGGUCGAGGCCGAUAACAAGGAUAAGCAAAAUGCACUGCACGCGGCCGCGCUCUCCUCUCUGCGGUCCGAGGUGGCCGAGCUGAACUCGCGGCUGGUGGCGGCUACUCGCGCGCGGGAGGCAGCCGAGGCCGCGCUGAUGCGGGCGGAGGUGCAGGCGGCCCGCGCCGAUCAGCGGGCGGAGCAGCAAGCGGCGCGACACGAGGAGCGGCUCACCGAGUUGCAUUCCGUCAUCGCCGAACUCGGCAGACAGCUGGAGCGGCAUCGCGCCACCGUAAUUGCCGAGGAGGACGAAUCCGAGGUCGAGACGAGCAGGGAUGCCGAAGGUUCCAUCACUAAUCCGGUAGAGGAAAGCGAGGGCGGAGGAGACAUCCAAGGAGACGGUGAUCGUACCUUGGGGGAUGCUGAUUCCAGUUGCUGCGAGGAUGAGAAUCGGCCGACCGAGAAUGGCAGGGAACAACUUGACAGUCCAGCCGCGUUGCCCACUCCGGAACCGACACAGCAGGCAAUGUCGUGUCAGAGCGUUGCCGUCGCGACGUUGCAAGAGGAGAUCACGGCAUUACGAGCGGAGAUUACGAGCUUGCAGACGCAAUUGGCUCAUUUUAAGAAUCAGACCGGUAAUCAGAAGCAGACGACGGGCAGUGAUUCGCCGCGUCGAGAACUCAGAACAAGGGGUAACACCAGCUCGCCGGAACCUUUGACGGCGCCAUGCUCGCCGCUUUUACCACCGUUACAAACACCUCCGACGAAGAGCGUAACGAGGGAGGAACCGCCGGUUCUUAAAAUGGCAGAGAGAGUAAGAUUGAGAAGAACGGACGAGAGGCACAUUACCGGUCCGGACAUCACUAAUUUCGGAGUAUGUUCCACCAUGGUCGCCGAACAUCUCGUAUCGGAUCUUCUGGAGCAAUCAAACCUGCAGGAACUAAACGGCUCUGAGAAGCAGUUUGAAGUCGAGACGGAGCGAUUGAACAGCAGACUCGAGCACGCGCGGGCAAACAAUGCGGUUCUCGCUCUCACGUUGCACGAGAGCAAAGCGCAAUGCGAUAGGUUGAGUUUAUUGGUCGGCAAGUAUGAAUCGAACGCGACGGCAUUGCGACUCGCGCUUUCGUAUAGUGAUCGUGCUAUCGAAGCCUAUGACGUUCUCGUUGCUCUGUUGGAGAGCGAAAUUGGACUUUCCACCGAGAGGAGCAACGUGACGAUCGAUAAUAGAAGGGCGGCCGAAAAUGUUGCGUAUCAUGUCUUAAAUCGACUCGAAAACGACUGUACUAAUACGUUGGGUGCUCCGUGGGAAGACAGCAUGGUCUUAUCGGACGAAUCGGAAGUAACGUGGAACGUAGAGGACGAGCAACGACUCAGGAGACAUAUUAGCAGGUUGAAGGGAGAACGUACGAUGGUGAGAUCGACGGCGGUCGAGUUGGAGAGCGUGCACGCGGAACCUCUGAACUCAAAGAAUACCAUCUCUUUAGCGGAAGCUAGGAAACUCGAUUUGGAAACUGCCGUACUUAUGCAAGAAUUGAUGGCCAUGCGAGAAGAUAAGGCUGAGUUACGCGCUAGGGUAUUCCUUCUGGAAAAGGAACGCGCCACCAUAGAAUUGAAGUUAAACGCACGGGACACGCAGAUUGCGGCUCAACACGCUACCAUACAGCAUCUCCAGGGUCAAUUGAGUGACGCGGAAGCCAUGCUCGCGAUGGCGACAAACAAGGAUCGCGGUUUAAGCGACAAUGAGAGCGAAGGGAUGGAGUCUGAACUAAUCGAAGCGCUAGGCAGAGAGGCAAGACUGAAGGAACGUCUGCAGGAAUUGAUUUCGACCUUGGACGAAGUCAAUAAAAAUUCUGAGCUCAGGCAUCAACAAUCCGCUGAACUUAUCAACGAUUUGAAAAGAGCAAACGGCGCAUUAGUUCAAACUCUGGAAAAGUCCAAGAAAAAAUAUCAAUCUAGAUUGAAGAGGGUGGAGCAACAGAUGCUGCAAAUGGUAGAUAGGCAUACUGCGCAGGUGAAAACAAUGCAGCAACGAAUAGUUUCGCUAGAAGAGGAAUCGAUGGGUUACAAAGGAAGCAUAGCACUACAGUCUCAAAGUUCUGGCGCUAGCGAGACAUCGUUAUGACAAUCGAGUUACUGAAUGGUAGAAAACGAGACAUGGGGUACAAGCUUAACGAUCCAACAAUUAUUGCUAAUGUCUUUUUUGUCGCCGCGAAAUGACAUUACGCAAAACGAAGAAUGAAUCCACGUAUUUUUUUAUACCGAAUAAUCGGCCGAAAAUAAAAAUGCUUAGCCAUUCGCUUUGUAAUUAUAUCAUGAUAUAUAUUAAUGCUAUCCUAACGAGAAUAAAAAAAAAAAAAGAAAAAACUCAGCUGGGCCUAUGCAAUGUGUGCAAUGUGUCGAUACACGAACGCAAGUAGCCUAUUUAAAACAGCAUUCAGCACAUAAAUUAUAAAUUGUUAAUCAGUAAAGCGUAUCGAUUACAACGUGAUAAUCGUGUACAUAUGUAUAUUGUAAAAGCAUAAACCAAGUGUGAUAUGUGUAAACAACAAUGUAAUAAAUUGUGCUUUAUUAUCAA